AUGGUAGCUGCGCAGUCGAGUCAACCAGAUGAGCCUCCAUAUCCCUCAUUCGAAGAGCUUAGGAGCAAUGAAGAGCGUGUUCUCUUCUCUCCGGCCGCCAAGCGUCUCUACUGGCCUCUGGAAGGCGUCUUCCCUUCCACAAUAUCCGUCAUGAGGACCACUCGCAGCGUAGGCGACCUUGACCCCUUCUUCAUGCCAGACACCAGCGGUAGCGGUAGUGGCACCUGGCAUGAGAUCUCAUCGCUGCCUCUGACCGACCCAAAGGUCUCUUCCGUCGAGGCUUCACUGCGCGAUCUUGACCAAUGGGAGUCUGAUUGGCUAGCAUGGCAUAAGGACCAUACCGCACCCGAGUUUAACGCUGAGUAUGUCACCUAUGGAGAUCUCAGCGAUGAAGAUCGGCCAUACGCCAAUGAGCCCAAGGAGGAUGGAAGCUGGGAGGAGGAGGAGGAUACUGAGUUUCUCGUACGAUGUUGCGGAGACGAUAGACCGCUCAGGAAGAGAGGGUUGAAGAUCAAGGUGACACCCUCCGCAGGCAACAACUUUGUCACUGUGUAUGACUACGUCAGUGGUAAGUCUUAA